ACCGGCUCUUCCCCAAAUUGCAGCUCCGGCCUUGCUUGCUGGAUUUUGGAAGUGAAACCGAGGACAGGGAAACCACGGGAAGUGACGGGUUUGAGGGAAGACAAUAGAGGGAAAAGGAAUGGCUGCUACCAUCUCCUCCACCUUCCUCUCCGCUUCUCUACUUCUCCUCUGCCUUCUCUCUGCCUCGAGGAAGGGCUGUGUCGCCUUUGAGCAACAAGAAUUAGCAGCUGAGACCCACCACCAUACUCUCCUCGUCAGCUCUCUUCUUCCUUCAUCUGUCUGCAAUUCUUCAAAAGCUGCGGACAAAAAGUCGUCAUCUUUGACAGUAAUCCACAAGCAUGGCCCAUGCUCUCAACUCACUUCGGAUGCUCCAACCCACGCCGAGGUCCUCCUCCAUGACCAAGCUCGGGUCAACUCAAUUCACUCAAGACUCGCCAAGACCCUCAACAACGUGAAAGAGACAGCCGCCAGCAGCAUUCCGGCCAAGGACGGAAGUAUUUUGGGAUCGGGCAAUUACAUCGUCACGGUCACAAGUAUGCCUGGCAUUCGCCGGAAACAAUGUUGACUCGAAAGUGGGUAUUUUAGGAAACGUGCAACAGAAAACAUUGCAAGUGGUGUACGAUGGCCCCAAUGAAAGGGUGGGGUUCGCGGCCGGCGGAUGUAGCUGAGGAAAUUCCGAUAAACGAAGAGAAUCUUCGAGUUAGUGCCCUUGCAUCUUGAUAAUAAUAACAAAAAACUGCUUUGGAUCAAAGUUGUGAUGUAUAUGAAUAAGAUCUGCUUGGUUUC